AUUUGAGACUGAAGUGGAAUAUAACAAAACAUGUAAUGAUGUAAAUGUUCCUUUUGAGAAAAGGUAUUAAUCUUUAUUUCCUGAAAAUAUACUAUUUUUUAUUGUAUUAUAUUAGGUCAUUUGGCAAUGUUGAAAUGUCUAAUAGUAUAAAAGAUUAUAAAUCAUUUUAUGCAUCGGAUAUAAUGAUUUCUGGUCCAUAUAGUACUGUAUCUUUUAAUCCGGAUUUUGCGAGUAACGUUAUUAAUGUUGAUAAUAAUGAUGACAAUAUUCCCAAAACAUUUACUAAAUAUGAUAUUGCAAAUGUAUUUAAUAAAGAUGGUAUGUUCUUUUUUGGGUUUAUGGACUCUUUAAAGUUUAGAGUUAAUGAUAAUCGUGAAGUAAGUUCAACACGAAUAGUACAUGAAAAAUCUAUAGCUAUUGAAAAUGCGAGUCUAAAAACUAGUCAAGAAUUUGCUAAAGAAAAAUACUAUAAACCUAAGAUACAUAUGGGUCUUCGUGAAAAAAAACGUGAAUUAGCUUUUAAAAAUUGUAAUGAUACGUUAUUAGAAUCUUCUCUUGAUAAAAUUAAGUCUUUAAAUCUUGAAUCACCUGAUUUAAUAAAAAAUGCAGAAAAAAAUACUAUUAAUGAAUUUAAGGCAUGGAAAAUGGAUAUGAAAUAUAAUAAUAUACAUAAUAUAAAUGAUGAUAAUAAGAAUGUUGAGAGUUUUAGGGACUUGGAAAAUACAAUUAUACCUGGUGAUCCUAGAGAUCGUAUAAAAACUAUUCUUGAAUUGGAAGUUUCGCGAAAAAAUGUUCCUGUAGAAUAUAAAAAGGAAUAUAUUUCUGAAUACGAUAAUAAUUAUAAUAGAGAUUCAUUCAGUUAUUCUCAAUUAAAAAAUGUUGAUGCUGGAUUUGAUUCAAUGUGUUUUUUAUCGAAUUCGAGAAAAGUGUCAUCUUCACAUCAUCAUAAUCUUAACUCUAAUAAAACAUCACGUUUUUCUACUUUUUUUGCUAGUGAUUCAAUAAAUUUGAUGAAUGACGUUGAGAAGAAUAAUUUAAAUCUUUUAUCAAAUAAUGAAGCUUUGUCUACCGAAUAUUUUGAUACUGGUUUGAUUCAUAAAUCUGAUUAUAAUGAUGAAUUUUCUGAAAUUUCUAUUGCUACUUCUAAGACGAGUGAUGAAGUUGGUUUUCAAAGAAUAAUGGAUAUGCUAAGAAAAUCGAAUCAAUCUAUUUCUACAAAUCGUUUGGUAUCUCAUAACUCUGAAAUAAUAUCUAAUAAAGUAGACUGUAAUAUGAGCAAUGAAUAUUCCAUGCAAAAUUCAGAUGAUUUACUUAAAUAUCAGUCAAUUAUGCAUAAGAAUAUUUCUGAUUCAAAUUUUUUUCUAAGUUUACUUAAUCAAUCUUCUCGUUUAUCUUUACAUGUUGAUUCUUUAAAUAAUGAUAACAUAAAUGUUUCUCGAGAUUGAUAAAAAUUACUUUUAUUUAAAUAUUAAUGAAUUCUUAUAAUGUUAUGGCUGUUCUUUUGAUAUAUUUUUGAAAAUGUUAAAAUAAAUUAAAAACUUAUAAAAAAUAAUUAUUUUGUUACUGUACUUAUGUGAUCAAUUUCAAAUGAAAAUAAUAUCGAUUGAUCUGAUUUAAUUUUUAUAUUAUGUUUUUUAUUCAUGGAUUUUGUGAG